AUGGCCUCAGUGGAGGCUACUAUGUCUCGUGGCCAACACUCUGCAAAUAUUUCCAGACCUCAAAAUCUGCCGCACAAUACCACCAUAUCUGCUCAUUCGAACCCCGACCUCACCGAAUUUGAACUGAUGCAGCCUCCGUAUGCCGUCAAAGCUGGAAGAAAUCUUCCCCGAUCUACCACCAUGGAAAGUCUGUUGAGCUCGACCAGAGAUACUGCACCAAGAAGGAGUCUCCUUCAGCCACUUGGGCCCCCACUCCCUCGAAGUCAGACACUCGGGAGCAUGUCUUGCUUGAACGGAAAUAUUGCCACGCCUUCUCCGAGAGCGCCAGACCCAUCACAGCUAAAAGCCCUACGGCGACGUACUGGGCCCGAGACCUUCCUUGAUACCGCCACGGAGCUGAAGAAAAGUCAGAAGAUAGAUACAGCUACAGAGGAAGUGUCACAGGUACAACGAGAGGCAGCGAUACAGAGGAGGCGACUCAGGAACAACAUUACUGCUCAGCCACAUGGUAAGUCGGCGUAUCCAGUUCUCCAGAAUACUCAAACAAUUCCUGGUGAGGUGGAUGAGUCCCUCGUCAGAUCUCCUUGCCCCACAAUGGGUAUGCCCGUUGAAGGACAAAACGUCCAGCAGCAAGAUAGAAGACGAAAGCUUUCCAUUAAUUUUCCGCUUUCAACAAAGCCUCAGUUGGAAAAGGAUUGUUUACCGUUCAGUCUGUGGAAAACCAACAAGAAUAUCACCAAUCUUCCUCAAGGCAGUUCGGAGAAUGUGCGUCUAGGGCUUCCAUUCAAACAAGGGAAGAAAUUGACACAUUCGCAGGUGACUAAAGCAGAAGGCGUACCAUAUUGGGCAGGCCGUUUUGUGGCCAUUUGUGACAAAUUGCGGGCCACUGAAUGCGAGCAAAAUGAGAAACGUCCACUCGUCUCAAACAACGAUGAAGAUAACCGUCUGGACGCACAGGACAAGACAAGAAUGUGCAAUGCACUGAACGUUCUGAGACGUUGCUGCCAAACCUCGGACGCACUUCGAAGUUUCGAAACUUUCGAGCUCGAGUUCCGCAACAAAACGGACCUCGGUCGAACAUUGAAUCAUGCGACCAGCCGCGUGACGCCUGAGAGGCAAGGUGACGCAGCAUUCCAGGGCGGAAAGCCCAACAAGCUGAGGAAAUUCAGGGCAAUGCUGCAAUCUCCGAAUCUCAUAUCUCCAGUGAGCAGUGACGCGUCAAGCUUGGAUGUGAGCUGCGAAGCAAAAUUCUAUGGCCAAGGGACACUGGCAAAAAGCAAGACAACUGGCAACCUGGCCUCCUUACUCCCUAUGAUUCACAGAAAAGCAGUGGCAUUGACAGCAGGCUUUGCGCACAGUGAGCAAGAUGCGCAAUCGAAUAGCCAUAAAAGUCCAGUCUCCACUGUUGGCUAUUCUCCUGGGCCCAACGAGAAGGCCCCGAACAACCGCGAAGAACGGUUGAGUAAGCCGGUAGCCGAAGAUUUGAUUCAUUCUGGUACAUGGCGAGACUCAAAGUGCACUGGCAGUGAUAGAUCAGGUGAUGUAACUGCAACGUCAAGAACAAGAGGAGCUACUAUAAAGCAUCGCCGGGUGUCCAGCUUUAUCCUUGUAUCAACCCAAUCACUAGAAAGUCCUAAUGUUAGGAUCGACCAUGUACGAUCUACGGCCGCGGGUUCGAAAGACGAGGCAAGGCUCAGUGGGUCAGAGAUCGACACCCAAGUACCGAAGGGGCCAGGAUUGGGUCGGAAGUCGGAGCGUCAAUUCAGUGGAGAAAUGGUCAAAAGCUUCUUCGGCGCAGGAAUCCGGGAGAUGAAAAAGAUGAGUCGAAGGGUUAGUGGCGGGAUCACCUGA